AAAUGGAAAGUUCGCGAGUGGUUUCGAAAACCUUAAAACAAAUUAUUCUAAGUGCGGUAGAAGUACGGAGUGAUGGAAAUAAGGUGUCCUACAUUUGUUGUGCCAACGGGAAAAAACGGAAGUCGGUGUGAUUACGGGCAGAAAGCUUUGGUUACAAAAAAUUUUAAGCGACAUUUUAUAUGUAACCAUCCAGAUGUAGCUAUCAACAUGGGCCUGGCAGAAGAACACAUUGGGGAACCGUUCACGAAGAAAUCGAAAAUAACAAAGAUCGUUGUAGAAACGAAUCGGGUUAAUGUUAUUCAAGGAACACUAACCUUGGACACAUCGAACAAAAGGGUAGGCUUUCCAGAUUGGGAAGGAAUGAUCCUUCUGGUUGGACCGCUGUGGAAGGUGGCGAAGCUAGUGAUGUCCCGGGAAAAAUUGGCCGAUAUGGUUAGACGUUCAGCCGCCAUUGUCAAAGACUUGAUGAUGUCCGAAAUUCGGGGAAAGAUUAUCCACGCAAAAAUUGACUCAGAAACACGACGAGGGCGCACGUUUUUCGGUAUAAACUUACAGUUUGCCAACGAGCAAGGCUGUAUCGUCGUGCGACACUUGGGUAUGUUGACAAGACAUUUAUAUUUGUAUAUAUAA